AUGCAGAAAUCGGCCCUCAAUGACCACAAAAGCAGCCACAGCCACAUCGCAUCCUGCGCGGUGGUCAAUCAGAGUGUGCAGAUGGAGAAGCACGUCGACAAAUCCCAGGUUGCCUGUAACGCGGCACUAAAAACACAACUUAAGGUUGUGUUACACAUGGCCAAUACAAGUACACCUAGCCAUCAGACGGCACUGGCAGCCCGAGACGCAUCAAAGGCGGUGCGUGAAAUAGAUGCUUAUGUCACCACCGUCAACAACAUCUACACGUUCUACAAGAAUUCCCCCAUCCGAACACAUAGACUGAAUGAACUCCAAAAAGAAAUGGAGGAUCACGACAUGCUGAGUCUGAAGCAGCCAUCUGCUACACACUGGCUGUCCCUGGAGAGGGCAGUUAAGGGCGUACGGGCAAAUUGGGUUGCUCUGGUGCUGGAGCUCGAGGAGGAGGAAGCCGCGAGAGACUGUCCGGUAGCGAAGGGUCUGAGGAGGCAGCUCCAGAAGUUCACAUUCCCUGCCCUGACACACCUCCUCACUGACGUGCUAUCUGUGGUCAACAGGAUGAACCUCACUUUCCAAAAAGAGGACGUCAACAUAUCCUCCAUCCAGCCAGUGGUCAACAUGACACUUGCCAGCCUGGAUGACCUGAUAAGUGAGCCAGGUGUGGCGGAGAGAAAGUUCAAAGAGGCGUCACAGGACGGCAGAUUCUGUGGCAUCACCCUCACGCAGCCAAAUGCUCAGGCCUUCUCCAAUCUGCGCUCCCAAUACCUGGCAGAGAUCACCAAGUCAGUAAAAAAAAGAUUCCCCGAAGAGCAUCUGGGAAUCAUCGCAGAUCUCGACACCGUGCUCAACGCCUCGCGCUAUCCUACAGCUGACAGCGCGUUGAAGACCCACGGACUAGAGGCAUUGGAGCGCGUCUGUGCCCACUACGGGUCACCGCGGGGUGCAGCUGCACCACUGGUUGAGAAUGACUGCAUGCAGAGGGAUUUUCUCCAGAUGAAGAGAGUGCUGGCAGGGUCGGGAAAUCCCUCGUUCAGGUGCUCCUGUCGGCUGCUCAUCACUUCGCUAGGGGAAAUGUUUCCCGAUUUUAGAGCGCUGGCUGAAGUGGCGCUGGUUAUCCCAGUGUCAAGUGUUGCAGCUGAGCGCGGAUUCAGCCUUCAAAAUAACAUAAAAACCGCCACGAGAAGUCGUCUGUCGGAGACAAAGACGCAGCAUCUAAUGACAAUCGCCUCGGCAGCAGUAUCCAUCGAUACGUUUGAUUUCAAGCAAGCCAGCACACUUUUCAAAUCCAUGCGGGCAAGAAGGAAAGUUUGAGCUGCCUACAGAAGAUUACCAAGAAUUAUAAGUGGACUGUUCAUUUUCACUAUAAUUGUCUUCGUUCAGCUAAAAAUAGCCCAUUACAGCCCAUACAUCGUUCUAUGUUAAGGCACAACAGCCGCAAUGUUUUAAAAGCGGAAAAAUCGAGUUCUCACCGUCAGAAAGAAAUGCAUAAAUAAAUUAUUAAUUCUUAUUGAAACACGCUUGUUCUGUGAAUAAUUUUUUUUAAUGAAAAUAAGUCGAUAAAAACAAGUGAGGCUAUUGAAUAUAAGCAUUAUAGCUUAGGCCUAGGCCUAUAUUACCAUUUAAAAGUUAAAAUAAAAUGACAGAUAAUAAUGGACAAUGACAGAUUUUUUACGACCCUGUCCGUCAAAAUGACGGACAAUGAAAAAGUCUAGCGCAACCUCUGAUCACCACAAAACCUUAUUAACUUCUAGUAAAAUAUGUUGCAUGUUUAGAUCAUGUCUACCAUUUAUAGUAGGAACAGUAAUACCAGUACACUUGUAAAGGAAAACGAGUAAUCUCACCGUUCUCACCCGUUUGCUGUAGUACCAGCCAACUGUACCAUGUUUGUUAUGUGAAGUCAUUGAUACCAUUUUUUGUAAAUAACAAUCCUACUCGAAUAGAUGUUGCUUCAGCAAUACCAGUUACGAGAAAUCUCACCUGUUCACUGUUGUCUCAGCCAUCUAUUUACUGUAUAACAAUCAUUGUUAUGCAGAACUAAUCAGUGAUUCAACAUUUUUUUAAAUAAAAGUAUGACUGGAAAACAGAUGUUGCUUCCUGAAUCUGUAUUGUCCUAUGCAGUCAUGUUGUACUCUGAGGUCAAGA